AUGAGUGAAUCCAUGUCUCAAUUGUCUGCAUCGGUGGUGCAAUGUGUGGCCCGUAUGGCUCACCAGACCUUCGCUGUCAAUAGGUUUGUGUCCGAAGAGAUCUUCAAUGAGUCGCUCAAUAAACUCAACAAAUUGUUGUCUCAAAUGACACACAAAGACAUUAAUCUAAACAAAGAACUCAUGAGUGAAUCCAUAUUAAGUCGUCUCCGAUCGCGAAGACCUUCAGUCACUUAUGUCUCCAUUUUAGAGACGAAACACUUCCAGAUGUGUGUCUUCGGCCUCAGGAUUCCCACUGUAUAUAACGGCUGCGCGACGAUCGACAGUAAGUCCAAAGAUGUAUGUCUUCUGACACCAAAUCAACGCAAUUAUCACGAAGUGGUGGCCAUUGACGGACCGGCGGCUAUACUCGACAUCUUGGGUCCGCCCUAUGAAGAGGACCGCGAAUGUCAUUACUAUAAAGUGGUCGCCACUGUGUUUGACCGCCGAUUACAGCGCGACAUCACUUGGCUUUUAGAGCUCGAAGACGUGCCACAAGACUAUCGGUGCGAUUCUUUGCCAUACAUUGGACCCCAUAUUGAACUCAAUUAACGGUUCGUCACAUUUCGCCACUAAAUUCACUUAUUCU